AUCCUCGUUGAGCCGUCAAAGCGGCAGGCAGGACCGCAGAGACGGGAACCAGUCGAGUGUUGUAGUGACCAGUAUGUCGCUGCUGCGGCUGGUGGGGAGAAAACACGGUGAUUUCUGAACCAGUGACAGGUUGAAGAGUCUCGUUGUCGGGUAGAAGAUGCAGAAGGAAAUGUCUCGCUGGACGUGGAUUCUGCUGCUGCUUCUCUCCUCCGUGUGUGACGUUCAAGCUCAAGUGGAAAACCGUGUGACUUUCCUGCCGGGGACGUUCCAGAAUGUGAACAUCUCACGGAACGAGACGGUGCAGGCCGUGGUGAGCAGGAUCCCUCCGGAGGUGGCCUUCAUCACGCUGCAGUUCCACACGCUGUACCGCAACGCCACGGUCUCAUACACCAGGGUCCCAGAUCAGGGUCUCUCUCUGACAGCAGCAGAUUCUGGGCUGGUCUCGGCUCUGCAGCCGAGCCAAACGUUGCUCUCCUUGUUCCUGUCGUCUCCUGAUGAAGAAACUGUCUCAGGGACCGGAGUCAUCCUCUCCUUCUCCAGCACGGAGCCGGUCCCUGGAGCCUGUAACACCGAGUUCAGCCUCGAUGUGGAUCCCAACGUCUACAUCCGCUACAAUCUGUAUGAGACCGUUAUCCGUUUCGCGCCGGCUAAUUUAGGAAAUGAGAGAGGUCAAACUCCUCCAGCCUGCGAUACGUCGACAGGAACCAGCACGCGCUGGCGGCUGCACUACGACGUCUACCAGUACUUCCUGCCUGAGAACGACCUGUCGGAGCGCAGCCUGUUCGCUGGGAUCCAAGCAGUCGCCGACAUCCGAGGCAUGAUGGCGAGCGGUAGACUGGUACUGACGCUAAAGUCAACAGAUAAGACCACCAUGGUGUUCAGCUCCAUCCCGGGUCAGGGUGUCAUCUACUCCGUCAUCGUCAGAGACCCCGUGUUGAACACCUCCGCCUCCUACGUUCCCGCCCACACCUACGCCUGCAGCUUUGCCUCCACUCUGGACGGUUGUCAGACGCUCGGAAAAAUAUCUACAAAAGUCUUCUUCACCAUCACUGGCUUGGCAGGCUUGUUUGUCUGUUUUUUUGGCCAUCGAUUCUUCAAAUGUGAGUUGUUCUGCAUGGGGUUCAGCUUCGCAGCGUUUUUCUUCUUCAUCCUCAUCACCAGAACCACACAGCUGGAUUAUGACAUCCGUCUGGCCGUGUCGGCGGUGAUGGGCGUGGUGGGCGGAGUCACCCUGGUGAUGAGCUGGUGGCGCUUCGGGUCCGUCAUGGCUUGCAUCGUCGUGGUCGGCCUCAUGCUGGGCUUCCUCGUUGCCUCCAUUGUUCUCUUCACUCCGCUGGGAGACCUCGACGUGUUCAGGAACUCGGAUGUGGUUUUCUGGAUGACGUUCUGCUGCAUCAUGGUCUUGGUUCCACUCUUCUUUGUGCGCUGGCCCAGAGAGGGAAACAUCACCACCUGCGGCAUCGUUGGCGCCUACGCUGUCGUCCUGGCCGUCAACGCCUACAUCUACACCAGCCUCUCCUACAUCACACUGAACAUCCUGAAGCGUUUCCUCAACAACAACUUCAGCGCAGUGUUUACAGAGGUGCCAUUCCAGACCAUCGACUACGCCAUGAUCACGGUGUGGGCGGUGCUUGGCGUGUGCGGCGUGGUGCUGCAGCUGUACCGCGAGCGCUCCCGGCCAUUCUUCCCGCCCAGCCCGUACCUCAUGUGGCUGCAGGAGCGCGAGCGACGCAAGACCAACGUGCUCGACCCGAGCCACCACGUCCCCUCGCUGCCCGGGCGCCUCGUGGAGCGGGCGCGACAGCUGAUCAGGCGGAGGGAGCCGGCGGGAGAGCACACGCCGCUGCUGCUGUAAAACUCCCCGCCACAGUCAUGCUGCGUUAGCGGGACAACAGAGCCACUUUGAUGGGUGAUGGCGAUGAACUUCCUCAUGACUGUCCUCGGAUCAGCUGAUGGACGGGCGGAAAGAAGGCGCCGAUGGGAAAGACGCUUCCAUCACUGUUAUUGACACUGAUGACAUGUGACUGAUUAUACUCGGAACGAUGCCGUAUCUGUUGCACUAAAACCCUCAACCACUACCUAUUUACUUCUUCUUUUUAUUUUUUAAAGCAACAGAGCGGCUUUUAUCCUUCAGAAUAAAAUAUGGGAGACAAUAACUUCGCUCACUCUGAGAAGAUCACCUUUGCUUUAGGAUCCAGAUGUCUGGAAACUUUGAACUUGUUUCUCAAAUCAAGACUAAACAUAUUAGUUGUGUUUUGUCUCUGCAGACAUUUUAACUUCUUCAUAUUUUGCAUACAUCACAUGGUUCUGUGAACUGGUACUUGCUCCUUUACAGAUCUGUUUCUAAUUUUGUUUUUUGUCACCCAAAUGUUUCAGAUCAUCAAACUAAUUUUAAUAUCAGACAAAGACGACCUGAGUAAUUAGACAAAUUAUGGCUUCAUUCAUUUGGGAUAAAAUCUUUCCCAACUCAGCUGGCCUUAUGUGGAGAAGUAAAUACCUCCUAAAGCUGAAAUCAGGCUGAGUCGUCCUUGGCAACAGUAGCAACAACCUGUAGCGAGUGUUUUCCAUCACUAAGGAGGAACUCUGACCCGCUGUUCUUUGUAGAAUUGUUUUAAUUCAGCCUCAUUGGAGCGUAUUUAGUUUGAGGUCAUGCCACAGCAAAUCAAUUGGCUUUAAAUCAGUACUUUGACUAGGCCACACCAAACCCUUCAUUCAGGUUUUUCUGAGAACAUUCAGAAUUGGACUUUGGAGUCAUUUUGGUAAGUCAGCCACUCCUGGGAAGGUUCUCUGCUGUCUUUGUAACUCUUUCCAGAUUUACGGAGAUUAGCAGCUUUGCUUCUCAAAUGUUCUUAAGUAGCAUUAGAUCAGGGCACGAUGUUGUGUUUUUAGCUCUUUUAGCCUUCUUUAUGUUGCCAGGCAAGUUCUGUUUAAGUCAUUUCUUGAUUAACAGGCCUGGCAUAAUUGGGCCUGGGUGUGGCUUGUAAAAUUAAGCUCAGUUUUCCAGAAAAUUCUAGGUAUUAGAUUGGGAUUUAACUUGUAUUUAAUGAAUUAAUCUCUGAUGAUAAAUGAGUUUCAUCUGAGAUGUAUGAAUGUGACAAAAAGCAAAAACCCAAAGAAAUUCUUGAAAGGCAAAUAACCACUUUAUCACAGCACCGUGUUGCCAUGACGACUCUCAGGGUUUGAACACAGCAUCAACUACUGCUGAGCACCGACGACGGCUGAAAAGUUUGAUUUGAUUUUUUUUUGAUGCAGACAAACCGUUGACAUGUAUGUAAGAGUAUCCUCUCUGUACUUUAAUGUAUUAAUAUUUAAUAAAAUGCAGUUCUUUGGAGAGGUUCUGCUGUAAUGUGACGAAACUGCACAUCCAAACGAUACAAGAGACAUCGUAAAGUGAGACCACAUUGAUUUUGAAAGUGUAGAGUAGCUCAUUUUGUGUUCUGUUCAUUUACUGCUGAAUGUGUCUUCAUUUUCUAAUAAAUGGCCAUCGAUGGGUGUUUUUCCACCAAA